UUUUGCUUAACAGUAAUAAUCCCUUUAUGUGACUAGACACUAUACCCUGGAUUCCAUACCGAAUCUGGAGAUAUGAGGUCUACCUUCCGGUUCAUAGGACCCUGAGACAUUACAUGGUGUAAUGUACCUAUAUAAGCAAUGGCUGCUGCUUGUGGCUUUAGUACUGCACAUUGUGCCUCGAGCAACGUGCUUUAUUCAGAGACGAGCACCUGCCAGGGACUUCAAACUGUAUAGCAAAGCUUUGAGAGAACCUAGGUUUCCAAAGACCACUAAGCGUUAUAUGACUACUCGCGCCGGUAAGACUGAGACGAUAUUACACCUGGGUGAGCUUUUACGUCGUAGCAAGGUGGUUCUCAGGUUUACUUAUAAAAGGUUUACUCCAAACGAGCGCCUUUUAUUGAAUCGCAAGUUAAAGUCGUUUAUCUAUACAGGCAAGGACGGUACUCCGCCAUGUGGUAAAUUGCAAAUGGUGAAGAACACGUUGAUUGAGAAGGCCAUGAUAGGUACACCUUGGGAAGUGUUUGCUCCACGUAUGCAUGGUCCAUCAAUGUGUUUCUUUGUUUUUGAUGAUGGCAGGUUACCGCAUAUUUUGGGCGCCAUAGAGCGGCUUCGUGCUACUGACAAGAAGAUUCGUAGGCAUAUAACCUUGGAGAGUGCAUCGUAUGCUGGCAAGGUGGUGGAGCCACCUGAUCUCUUUAGAAUCACGGACUACAGCUCCCGGGAGCAUGUACUAGUUCGUUUGAUGGGUAGUUUGAAUGGUGGUGCUCAACAGGUUGCCAGCGGGGUCAAAUCGGUAAUGUCCAAAUUGGCAAUGGCCCUCAACGAGGUGACUAAAAAGUCAGUUGUUUCGGAGGUUAGCACUACUCUGGUAGAGGUAUCCACGGGCUGAUUACUUUAUAUUUUCAAUGUAGUGUUAC